CAGUGUCCCACCGGUGCCCCAACAGUGUCCCGGCAGCAGGGAGCCAGCGCACCAGGACAUGGCCCUCAGCCACCCGGCAGUGUUGAAUCGGCGACCGCUUUGAAUCUGAUCACAGCAGCAGGAGGGUCCUCAACAUCAUCCAGUGCUCGCGCUCUCAAGAACUCUGCUGCCGCCAGCGCGACAGAGGCACCAUCGGCCACCAUGUACGGCAUGCUCCAGUACUACCGGAACAAGAGGAGUGAGGGCAACACCACCCAGGUGGAGGGCGCCAUCCUCACCCCCAACCACCAGGGCGGCCCGCUCAAACCGCCGCCGCUCAAGCGGGACAUGACGCAGGUCAACUGGCGCGAGAUGGCGCUGCGGCGCCGCAAGGUGGCCGACUGCCAGAUCAUCGGCUGCGUCGUCACCUCGGGUCUGCUCAUUCUGGCCGCGGGACUCGGCAUGUUCCUGGCCGCCUGGUUCGUCCUCGGCAAGGAGGACCCGUUCAUCCUCAUCGGGCCCGUGUUCGCCGGCUGCGGUAUCGUCGUGCUCCUGCUCAGCGUCGAGGUGUGCGUGCGGCGGCAGAAGGUCAUCAAACUCACCGAGGACCUCAGCUCAGACGAGGAGGACGGACACUACAUCGACGAGGGGCUCAUCAACUACGGCUUCGGCCACUUCCACGGCGACGACCCGGGAACGCCCAUCAGCAGCAAGUCCCCCGCCCACAGCAAGUCCCCCGCCUACCGUUCGCCCAUCGUGGUUCGCUCUCAGGCACAAGGCGGCGAAGACGACGAAUCGUACAAGCCAUCGUUUUGA